AUGGUGACUUUAUUACCGCCUGAACUGCUUCAUUUGAUCCUGCGCAAAUGUCCUUGCCGGCGAUCGCAGAUCCAAGAGCUUGCGACAUAUUACAAUGAUAUCUUCCCCAGUCCUCCGGUCCUCGUUGCCUGCGGCCUUGAGACCACAAGCAAGACGACGGUCAUUGUCGAAGUGCUGAGAUCAAGAGAAAUCCAACAUGGAAUCAUCAAGAGCAGGGAGUGUCUCUCACAAAGACAUUUGCUGUCCAAGAUCUUUGCGGCCUGUAUCAGCGCCUUUGGUCAAGAGAGCCAAACAGACCAUUUCGACCGGACGGACAGCAUCAACGCGCUCCUGGGGAAUCUGCGCAAGCUCUUUGAACGAGUGGUGGGCCAGAAGAAAUUCGUGGCCGUAAUUGAGGAUGCAGAUGCCUUGAGACAAUCUGGACCAACACUGCUCCCUGCGCUUGCACGGCUAGGAGAUCUGGUUCCUGGAUUCUCAGUCAUAUUGACCUCGAGCUCCCCACGACCUCUCAACCUGCACAAGGCCGGUGUGCCGUACGUUCACUUCCCGCCCUAUACACGCUCUGAAGCAAUCUCGAUCAUCGUCUCUCGAGCGACGCCUCCGCUCCCUGACGCGCUUCCUGACGCGCCUAUUGAGAUGGACGAGACCGCGCUGUCGAAGCUGUAUGCUCAAUUCGCGAUUACAGUCUACGACACCUUAAUAUCGUCAACAUCCUCUACAUCCAUAGAAACCUUUCGUCUGGCUUGUGAGAAGUUGUGGCCGCGGUUCAUCGAGCCAAUGGUGUCUGGUCAAGAACCACCUGGGAGAGCGAAAUCGUGGGACUUUGCAAAGUUACUGGUGCAAAAUCGUGGUCUGUUUCGAUCAGAAGGCGAGGACGCUUUGCAUAACACGUUCCCAAGAAAAGCACUGCCGCACAGCCCUGAAUCUGGCUCAUCACUUCGUCAAGAUUUGUUCAAAAUCGGGCCUUCACCAACCGGCAAUGGAAUAUUAAGUGCGCCAGCAACAACAGCGCCGUCAGAAUCAUCUCUGGCCCGGCCGCCACUGCUGAAGCAUUUUCCCACGCUUAUCCUGCUAUCGGCUUAUCUUGCAAGCCACACACAGCCGAAACAUGACAUCCUGCUCUUCUCCCGCCUCAGCGCUUCCUCCAGCUCGACCAGUAAGAAAAUCCGCAGGCUGAGGCAAACACCGACGAAGACGAAAUCGACAUCUACCCCUAGUGGGACUCCGACAAAGGACGCCGCCACCCCAACCAAAUCGCGCUCCAAGUCUUUGUUCGCUGCAGGGGCUAAUCUAGGCUCACCACGACCAUUCACUCUCGAGCGGCUUGUCGCAAUCGUUCGGGCGGUUCAUCCGCACGGCAUCCCCAGUCGCCCAGGUCGCGGGGUGAGUGAUCGGAUAUACCGUGAGCUUGGGGAGCUGGAGAGACUGAGGCUCGUUGCACGGGCCUCUGGAUCUGGCGCAUCGACCGGGACCAGCGACGAUGCAGGAGACGAGAGAUGGCGAGUCAAUGUAGGCAGAGAAUGGGUUGUGAGUAUGGGGCACAUAUGGGGGAUGGGAGUCAGUGAGUACGAGAUAGACCCAGACUUGUAA